AUGAGUUCUGUCAACUCGGCAACUGUUCUCCUAAACAGGGUGCUGUCACUCAAAGAGGUUUCACCACUGCUGCUGGUGUUGGAUUCGGUCAUCCAAUCGAGCUACUACUUCCAGCAAGAGCUCAUACACAAGGCGAAAAAUGAGUCCGUUCCUAUCACAUACUUAUCCUUCGAGACUCUCAAUCGACCCGAAGUGGACGAGUUCGUGCUUUGCGACGAACUAUCUCCCGAGCAGAUUAUUGCUAAAGUUGGUAAGAAUUCGAAACAGUUAGUGAUUGUCGAUUCGAUCAACUAUAUUCCUGAAAAUCAGCUCAACAGUUUUCUACGUGGGAUAAUAUCGCCUACUACAGUCCUCUGUGCGACUUACCAUACCUCAAUUCCACAGGUAUCGGUGCCCGGUGCUCAGAACAAGCCUACCGCUGUUCAGCGGCUGCUGUUCAUGGCAACAACAAUUUUCGAGCUAAGGCCUGCAAACUCACCUCUUACAGACGAGGAACUGGAAGUUGCGUCUCACAAGUUAGAGCUUCCUAUUGGGAUAUCAAACAAGCCCACUUUCGAGGCCAAGAUGACCUAUCGAAGGAAAUCUGGCCGCGCUUUGGAGUAUGCAUUUACUAUAAACACAUUGACUCACGAAUACCAGGUCAAGCAGGAAAACGUUGCCGAAGGAGACGAUGCCGAGCUGCUGGAGAAUCUCACAACUUUCAACUUGACUACCACGCAGAGACAGAAGCUGGCUCGCGAACAAGUGGAGCUCCCUUUCUUGCAGGCCCAGCAGUCUUUGGGAGCCGUGGGAGGCGCCAUCGUUUACGAGUUCGAAAAAGAUGACGAUUACGAUGAGGAUGAUCCUUAUGAAGAUCCAUUCUAG